UACUGAAAUGCUGCAAUGAGGUCAAGGUUUACACCAUUCGAACCGCUGCUGGGCCCCACCCACAACUUCGCCGUUACCCCGCCCGCGCACAGCAGCGGGGCCGGGCGGAACGCCGUGGCGCGGAACGCUCGGCGCAGCUCCCGUUCCCGGCCGGCGGCGCUGAACGGACGCCGGGGCUGCGAGCGCCGCGCCGAGGGCGCCAUGUGGGGUCGCUUCCGCGGCUCCGGCCGCCUCCUCCUCCUCGCCGGGGCAGCGCGGCACUGCGGGCGGCCUCACAGCAGACUCUUCAGCACUAGUUGUGUGCUCUCUACUACAAAAGAUGAAUCUACAGCUUCCACAGACAGCACCACUAAAGUGGCAUCAAAGGAGGGUGAAGCAGAAACACCAAAGCAGAAAUUGCUAAAAAUCAUUGGUGAUAUGAAAGUAGAAGUGACCACCAAGAGGAAAUUUCAAGAAUUAAAAGAACAGGAGAUGAAAAAGCAAGCCAUUAACGAGCAGGAAGGCCUGAACAGUGAAAGUAGUACAUUUCGAAAUACUGCAGAAGACGUUCAGCGAAGCAAGCCUUUACAUCCAGAACUGGUGCAGGCUGCAUCUGCCGUUGCGUCUUCUUUCCCACGCAGCAAGGAACAGGCAGAAUCAGAAUUACUUGCACAACUUAGAAGACAUGAAGAAACCACAGAUAAACAGAGAAAGGGAGGAACUGUUAACAUACGCAAUGUUAUUUCGGAAAUGGCAGUUAAGAGGCAAUUCCCAGCUCAGAGAGGUGUGAGGAUAUCCAAUCACAUCUCUUUGGAGAUGGAUGAAGAUGGUCAAAGAAUCAAGCCUGGAAGACCCUCAUCUCGCUCCUUUGACUCCGGAAGAAGUCUUAAAGCAGGAAAAAGGCUUAAUAUAUUCACUAAGGCUUCUCCAGAAACGGAAAAUGUACUGAAAACAGUAUCUUCACCAACAAUUUGGGAUCUGGAAUUUGCGAAGGAAAUUGCAGCAGUAACUGAGCAGCCUCCCCGGAAUGGUUUUGAAGAGAUGAUCCAGUGGACAAAAGAAGGAAUACUGUGGGAGUUUCCAAUUGACAAUGAAGCAGGGAUGGAUGAUGAUGCUGAAUUUCAUGAACAUAUCUUUCUGGAGAAACACCUCAAAGACUUUCCCAAGCAAGGACCUGUUCGCCACUUCAUGGAACUGGUCAUCUGUGGGCUUUCAAAAAACCCAUACCUCAGUGUUAAGCAGAAGAUUGAACAUAUUGAGUGGUUUCGGAAUUAUUUUGAGGAAAAGAAGGAAUUUCUUCAAGAUAUUUGAGACUUGGGAAAGUGCUUAACCUUGAAGUGAAGAAAAUGUGCAGUAGUCAUGUAAUCUGAAAGUUGCAUUUUUAAUAAUAAAGGCCGUACUUCUGUGUAUGUAUGUGUAGAUCUCUUUUCAACAAAAGAAGGAACUGAAAAGUUUAGAUUUUGUAGAAUGUGCAUUUAAAAUUUAAUUUAUCAAAAUCAUUGUCUUUUAAACUUGAAACUAAUCUCUUGACCGUUGGAAAUAUUAGAUCUGAUUCCAGUUCCAGCUGCUUUCACGUUUGGUAUGUAUCUUGACAGGUUUGUUCAUCUUUCCCAUUCUUGAAAACUUGUAGUGUUUUCAUUUUUAAAAAUUCCUAAUGCAGCCUUAUUUGUUAAAACCUGUUACUGAGAUAGUAACAAACACUUCAUUUUGCUAGUUCAUUAAAUGCACAGGUAUUUGGAUGAUA